CUAGUGGUGAAAACUGCCUAAGAGCUCAUAAAAUUGUGUAAGAAGAAUCAAGUUUUGCUUAGGCUGUCUUGCCCCAGUCAGAGUAUUUGUACUACCAUUUAAAUGAAAUCCCUUUGGAAUUUCAAACUGGAACAUCUUUGCAAGUGACGCUGGAAGAACAGACCAUGUUCGAAAGCUGUCUUUAUUUAUUCCUUUUAGCUCUAACAACCAGCAUUGGAAAACAAGUGCUGACAGUGGGUGUAAGUGCUCAUAAGAUUCCUAGAUAUUCUACUUAUGAAAUUGUCAUUCCUCAAAGACUAACAAAGAAGCACUGGACUCAUCUUCAUGAGGAACAUUUUGGUAAUGAAUUAUCUUAUUUAAUUCAAACUGGAAAUGGAACACACACCCUGAAAUUAAAGAAAAAUGAAAAUCUUAUUGGAAAAAAUUUCAUAGUAUUUACGCACAGUAAUGAUGGGGAAUUGGAGACAACUCCCUUUGAAGCCAAGACUCACUGCUAUUACCAUGGAGUUCUUGAAGGAGCUGCUGACUCUCUGCUUGCUUUCAGUACCUGUGAUGGACUUAGGGGCAUUCUCCAUAUUGGUGGCAAACAGUAUGGCAUGGAACCAGUUGAUGGAUCAGAUCAAUUUGAACACUUUUUCUAUCAAGUAGAAAAUUCUCCUCAAGACUCUUUUCUGUGUGGUGUACAAAACAAUGACCUGCAUUAUCAUCAUCAAAGCAUGGAGCCUUUUCUGAAGCACACAAAUAUAUCACAUGGACAUUUUGGCAGGGAUACCAUUCUACGGAAGAAACGUGCAGUGCUGCCACAGAAAAGCUAUGUUGAACUAUACAUGGUGGUGGAUAACAAGAAGUAUUUGCAGAAAGGUGGAGAUGUGGCAUCUGUAACCAAGGAAAUAAUUGAACUGGCUAAUUACGUUGAUGCGAUGUUCAGUUCUUUAAACAUACAAAUUGUACUAGUUGGACUGGAUAUAUGGAUUAAAGAAAACUUCAUAGAUGUGGAUAUGGGUUCAGCUGGAGAUGUUCUGAGUGCAUUUGCAGCUUGGAGACAGAAAACUCUCAUGAAGCAACCGAGAAAUGAUGUUGGCCAUCUUAUAAUAGGGAGACAACCAUUUGGUUCGACAGUUGGAAUGGCUUUUGUUGGGACAGUUUGUAACCGGGAUUUAGGAGGAUCAAUCAGUACUUUUAAUCAUGAGGAUGUGAUUGCUCAUGCGUCAAUUGUUGCACAUGAACUGGGACAUAAUCUGGGUAUGGAUCAUGAUGAUAAAAGAUGUCCAGGUUCCUACAUUAUGCACAGCUCAGCUAAUGGGUCCAAGAACUUCAGCAGUUGCAGUUCCAAUGAUUUUGAAAAUCUCAUCUUGAAAGGUGGUGGAAGCUGUCUUAGAAAUCCUCCCAAACCAAGUGAUAUCUUUACAGAACCAGUUUGUGGCAAUCAAAUAGUGGACAAGGAUGAAGAAUGUGACUGUGGUACACCAAAAGAAUGUACCAGCCCUUGCUGUGAUGCUGCAACCUGCAAACUGAAACCUGGGUCAGAAUGUGCAGAAGGUUUAUGUUGUGAGAGUUGUAAGUUUAAAGUAGCAGGAAGUCCAUGCAGGCCAAAAAUGAACAGUUGUGAUCUUCCUGAGUUCUGCAAUGGAACUGAUGCCUAUUGUCCAGAAGAUGUGUAUAUCAUGAAUGGCUACCCUUGUAACAACAUGCAAAGUUACUGUUAUAAUGGAGUCUGUCAGAAUUAUGAUUCUCAGUGCGAAUCCCUUUUUGGAAAAGGAGCUAAAAAAGGACCAGAUAUUUGUUUUGAAAUUGCCAAUGCUAAAGGAGACAGAUUUGGCAAUUGUGGAAUGACAGGACCAAAUUUCGUUAAAUGUUCCCAGGCUAACAGUUUGUGUGGGAAGCUUCACUGUACAUCUUUCAAUCAUGAGAAUCUUCCCGAAGCUUACAUCCAAAACCAACAAGGUGUUUCAUGCAUAACUACUGAUUUUCACUUAGGAUCAGAUAUCCCUGAUCCAUCUCUGGUUCAGAAAGGCACAGCUUGUAAACAAGGAAAGGCCUGUGUUGAUUUCAAGUGUGUGAAUGCAAGCUUUCUGGGUUAUAACUGUGAUGUAACAUACAAAUGUAACAACCGUGCAGUAUGUAACAACAAAGAUAACUGCCAUUGUGAUCCCGGAUGGGCACCUCCCUUUUGUGACAAAUCUGGUUAUGGUGGCAGCAUAGAUAGUGGCCCAACUCAUAUAGAUACAUCACUUCGAGAUGGUUUACUAGUGUUUUUCCUGCUUGUGUUGCCUGUGUUAACUGUGGUAGUGACUGCAGUUGUUAAGAGACAUGCGAUUGAAAGAAGACUUUGCAGAGAAUGUAGAAGACGCCGCAGGGCUAAAAAUGCACAGCAGGCAAGACAGAAUAAUACACCUAGUAGAUCAAACCAUCUUGAUGCAGUGAACAACAGGAGGCCUGCUACUUCAAAUUCUGGAGUCUUUACAAUGUCGCACUUCCCUACAUCAAGGUUGCCAGAACAACAUCUGCCUGGUCCAUCUCCACCAAGACCUCCUUUGCGACCUCCAAUCCCACCAAGGCCUGUGUUUGCAAACAUAUCUUGAAAAAGUCUCAUCCAGUUAGACCAGAGGUUCCCAACCUGUUUGAGCUGGUGGGUGCCUUUGGAAUUUGGACAGUGUGGCAGGAGUAGCCACAAAAUGGCUGCCAUAGCUUACCUUCAGUCACACAGUGAAGAUCCUUGUGCUGUUUUGGCAGCUGCUGUCAAAGCAAUAUUUUUAAUCAUCUACACCACUCAAAUAUCCAGUAACCAGAACGAGAGCCCUUGUAGGGCAAUAUGAGUGCCAAUUCUAAAUUAAUGGCACAUUUUUCAAGUAUUUUUUUACCAAUAUACAAGUAAAGCCUUCAUUUUAACUGUAAUUAAGGAGAACAUAUAUAGUUUUAUUUUAUUUUAAAAAAUUGUUGGGCAGGCUCUAACAAGAGAAGGGUUUUUUUAAUCAGCAGAAUAAAGGAGACUGAUUAGCACUGUUCUUCUCCCAACACAAGCAAAUGAAGUGUUUCUUAUAACAGCAACAACAACAAAAAUUGGUUCUAUGAAGAAGUGUUCCGUUUAAGUUGAGCUGCUGUAGACACAUAAAAAGUAUUUUGUGAAGAAAAUACAUUGAAGAGGGGGGUAAACCACUUGAGGCAAAUUAUGCAUAAAAGCACCAACACAUUUCCCAGAAGCAUAAAGACAAAUGCACUUUUUAAGCUAUGUUUCCCAGUUCAUCAACUAUGGUCCAGAGCAUAGAAGUGGGCAUUCCUGCAUAGAUUGAUGUUCUGAAUUAAGUACAUACACAAAAAAAGGGUAGGGGACAUUUCUAUCUUAAUAUAUUUUCCAAUAUUUAAGAACAAAUAUUUUUGUAAUUGUGUUAGUGGGACAUUCUAGAGAUAUUUUGUAGAGAUAUAACUUUUUUUGUUAUAUUGAAAUGGGUACGGCACAGACAGAUGGAAGACUGACUGCCCAAUCCUAUGAGGAGGAGCAAAUGGGUUUAUGGAGCUGGCGUGGGGAUGUAUUGGUGCAUUUGCCCACCCUGUUGGUGUAAGUGGCUCUUACUCUGGCAUGGAGAGCAAACUGGGAGGUAGGUGGGCGCCAUACAAUUCAGCGGUGCCCGACCUAGAAAUGCCUGCCCCCUGAAGAGCUGUGCCAGUCUAAACCUGGCUGUCCACACAGUUGGGGUGGGCUAGGGGCAUUCCCAGGGUGGAGCCAACUUUAGUCGACUUCUACUCGGCUUUUGAGCUGGGAAUGACCCCGGCACUGGUCUUGGACUAACAUCACCCAAAAGGGUGGUGGAACUCCAUUGAGUCCUAUGAAGUAGCUGUGGGUUGUUGUUUUUCCAGUUUUCCUCCCUCCCCACACUGCCUGGAAGGCCUCUGGAGGCAGCAUGACAGUGAUGCUGUUACUGGCCAAUGGAGCCCUGUGGAUUGAGCUGUUACAAUGCAAUCCUAAACACAGUCACACCCUACUAAACCCACUGACUUUAAAGGAUGUAGAAGAAUUUAACAAUGAUUUGAAUGCCUGUGCCUGUUUUCCAUUCUUCCAUUGUAAACAUUUAACAACCAAGCAUCAACUUUAAAUAGAUAGUAUAUAGAAUUUGAUGACAGUAUUGUACUAUGAAUAAGCAGUCAAAAUCAAAUCUACUAAUUCUUCCAUACUGCCUUUAUUUUGUAAAUGAAGAAUAUAGUUUGCUUGCUGUGAAUUUUCUACCUCAAUCAGACCAUUCACGAGGAUAUUUAUUUGGCUUACUCCUAUCACUCCUAGUUAAAUCUGAUAAAAUGCAAGUGCAUACUGAUAUUUAAUUUAUUAAAAUUAAUGUACUGAAAACAAUAACUAUGCAGUUUGAAGGUUCCAACAUUCUUUUCGCCCUACAAUUGCCACAUUGUUACCAUACGUAAUUUUCCUGUGGAUUAAUUUCACUUAGGAUUUCCAACUUUGGCUUGGGAAAUUUUGGAGAUCUGGGGUGAUGCUUGAAGUAGUACUUCACUUCUCCUGGACUCUACAUAAUACCAUGGAGCCCACCCUCCAAAGCUGACAUUUCAUUGAGCAGAUCUCUGUAAUUCUACCCAAAGGUUAUUCAAGAUUCCUUUAAAACUUUUCCAGUGUCAAACCCUGUGACAUACCAUGAGGUAGAAAAAAAAGACAGUAUAGUGCUGAAUAGAAACAUGUUUAAACAUUACAUGCACAACUAGAAUGACUGGUAUAGUUUAAGCCAAUCUACAGAUAUUUAGCUAACUUUCUGAGAAAUAAUGAAGACUCAGACAGCCCCAUCCAAGGGGUCCAGGUGGCCUGCUGCUCCCAAAGGGGCUUCCUGGCAGUGUGGGGAGGCUUGCAAAGUGGAAAAACCUUCCUGCCAAGAAGCCCCCCAUUGGACUUAAUAGACUUACCAAGUCUGUUAAGUGAGUCUGAAGCCCCAGCCACUGGCACAAUGUGACAAAUUGUGGGGAGGAAGCUGACUAAUGAGGGUCCUCCCCUGGCCAUACCCCCGCCCAGUGGAAAGGGUCUGGAAUGCUAGCAUGGUAUCUGGUGCCACUUCCUAAUGGGAGGGCCACAGUGGCUGCACACUGGUGAAUUCACACCUUUGCUGGUGUAAGAGUCCUGGGGAGGGCAAAUCCACCAGUACAGCUGCAGGCCACUCCCCUGGGUGGAUUUACCCCUCUCUUUGGAUGGGGCUGGUAAUCUUGUUACAGAAAUUAGUCUAACAAUACUCUUUUAAUACUAGAUGUUAUAACAUGUGGCCUUUCCCCAGAAUAUUAUAUAACUAAUCAAAAUCUAUAUCUUUCUUUCUUUGAUGAUCAAACUUUAUGAACUAUUUUGUAAUAAAUGUAUUAUUACUGUAAUUGUUUUAAUUUUUAUUGUGACAUCUCUUGAAAAUCAGUAGUAGGAAUAUAUUUUGUAAAACUUGUUAAUACAGUUGUUCCUCCAAUAAUAUGUAGUCUUCAUAGAAAACAAUUUACAGAAACAAAAGGCAUUGUAAAUACUUUGUCUCAAAAUACUCAUUACUUAAAAAAGAAAAAAGCUACAGCAUGACCAAAAUAUAAAAAUAGGUUUUGAAAAACGGUUUUGGCUGAUGAAAACAAACACGGUCAUUACUUCACACAUGGUCAUUACUUCACACACAAUCUCAAAUACUUUGAUGGCUGUAUCAAAAUUAAGUGUUUGGGUGGCAUUUCAUUUUUAUGGGGACACGAAUUACAGGGGUAAAUACAGAAACUUAUAUACAGCAUUUACUGUACUAAGUUAAAAAGAUUAAAACAAAAAGCCAUCAUCCAUUAUUUCGGAGAAAGCAGGGCAAAGUUUGGUAGGCUAUGAAUUCUCAUCAAAGAUCAACCAACAUGAAGGCCCAAAUCAAUGAAAAUAAAGCAAGAAACUGUAAAAAAAAAAAGGGGGGGGGCAGUAUGAACUCAAAAAUGCUUAGACUGUGUUGUACCCCAGAAUUCACCAACUCUAUUAAAGGUGGAAAUAAAAGGUGUACUAUUGUGAACUUCUGAAACGACCUUGUUUGAACAUCCCUCAUCCAA